GUGUGUGUGUGUGUGUGUGUGUGUAUGUAUUAAGGCUACUUUAUCAGAGCGACCCAGCUGUGUCUCUAAAACACUGCUGUUUUUGCAAGAGCGAACACUGUGCUUCUAUUGGGCCCCUUAUACACAAGACAUUUAUAAACUGUGUGUGCUGGUAUGAAGGGUGUGUUAUUUGCCGUGCUGGUUCUCGUCUGUAUGCUGGGAGUUAAUGUAGGAGAAGCUGAGGCUGUAUGUCCUCUGGGAUGUUUUUGCGCAGCUGCUGUGGUGGACUGUAGCAGGCGUGGACUCACCACUGCCACGCUGCCUUCAUCUUUCCCCAUUAGCACCACUGAGCUUCAGCUCCAUGAUAAUCACCUCACAGCGCUGCCCGUUGGACUGUUGGACAACAUGCAGGCACUGCAAGUGGUCACGCUGCAUGGGAACCCGUGGGAGUGCGAUUGUGCUGUGCUCUAUCUGAGAGGAUGGCUGUUAAAACAGAAAAAUGAUUCUUUGAUAAGAAAUGUGAGCUGCAAUUCUCCUUCUGGUCUGCAGGGGAGACUAGUGGCCUUCCUGUCAGAGGAAGAGGUGCUUAACUCCUGUAAUUAUUGGCUGUGUGAUCUGGCCUUGGCCUCACAGAUCAGCUUGUUCAUCUUUGUACUGGUGCAAGCAAUCCUCCUCGCUGUGGUGGUCUAUUUCCUCCGCCGCUUCCACCAGCUGAGCUACAAUGCGCAACGAGCAGCUGCAGAAAGUUUUCACAGCUGAGACCCAGCCACUCACUGGCUUGAAACACUGGCUUGCUUUCACUAUUGUUUAACUUAAUCCUCAUCAACAUUUUGUCACUAUUUCCCUCAGGGUGUUUUUCUUGCUAUCUUAUGGCAUGUAACCUUUUUCCCCUCAGGUGUAGGGUUGUUGUUGUAUUAGUUGUGAAGAGUUAGAGAUGAAGGAGACAUAAUCUGAGGCUUGAUUAUGAUCUGACAUGACAUCUGGAAUUAACAUGAUCCCACAGGAAUUUAGGUUUUAACGUCUGUAAGAUGUGUGCAUGCCAAAGUCAUCCUGUCUGCUUUUCAGGUUUUCAUUCGCCCUUUUAUGUCAGUACACCAAUGCUGUUAAAUCACCAGUUGAUCAAAAUGUGCUGCAGAUUUUGACCAAUAAAAUCCUCCCACUACUUUUUACAACCAACAUUACUGCAUCUGCACACAUUUGCUUUUCAAAUGAACAGGUAUAUUCUUAAAUAAAACUGCAUUAGUGAAUUGAUUGUGCCACUGACUGUGAGGUUGCAUAGUCACAUGAAGUGUACAGGACCAAAUUCAUUACACCAGAUUAAUCCAUCCCAAAUUCAUUCAUUCAUCUUCUACCGCUUAUCCGAACUACCUCGGGUCACGGGGAGCCUGUGCCUAUCUCAGGCGUCAUCGGGCAUCAAGGCAGGAUACACCCUGGACGGAGUGCCAACCCAUCACAGGGCACACACACACACUCUCAUUCACUCACGCAAUCACACACUAUGGACAAUUUUCCAGAGAUGCCAAUCAACCUACCAUGCAUGUCUUUGGACCGGGGGAGGAAACCGGAGUACCCGGAGGAAACCCCCGAGGCACGGGGAGAACAUGCAAACUCCACACACACAAGGCGGAGGCGGGAAUCGAACCCCCAACCCUGGAGGUGUGAGGCGAACGUGCUAACCACUAAGCCACCGUGCCCCCCUUCAUCCCAAAUUAUUCGAAUAAAACUUUUGAAGAUGUUUGAUUGCUAAAUAAUAAAAUUGCCUACAAUUAGCUAUGACUACCUAGUAAUGUCAGAACAUUUACAAAUCCACACAAAACCUCUUUUCCCCAAUAAAUAUGCUCCAACCGAAUAGAAACGCUUGUAGCAGUGUUUAGUUUCUAAAAGCCCUAUUAGACAUUACUAUUAAAAAAAGCCCUAUUAGACAUUAUUAGACAGCACAAUAUCAAGUUUAUACACUUUGUUAAUACAGCAGCUGCCAAUUCAGUGUGACCAAUUUCUAGAGAUUUCCAGCAUAUGGGAGCAAAAUCCCCAGCACUCAAUAUAGCUAAUGAUUAGAGGAAAUUGAUGACAGCAUGUUAAAAACAGUAAUAAAAUGAACUAGUGAGAGACUUGCAGGAGGAAAUCUAAAACAGUGUUUGAAAUAUUUGUGUCAGUCAGCAAGUUCAGUUCUUGGUAAAAACUAUGAAUCUUCCUAUAUGUUAGCUUUCAUGCUGCAGUUGUACUGUAUAGUCUUCUGAAAUAUGUUUGACAUAGAAGCUCUUAUUUUAUUUUUAUUUUUUACAAUAAACUUAUUUUUUAAUUUG